AACUACUGGCAGCGCAGGCCGGCAGCAUCCACGGAGGGACCCGCUCCUCCCAGAAGGCGGUGCAGCCGCCAGGACGAGCCCCGCAGAGGGUUGUGGGGCGGGUAGCUCCCCUCCACAUGGAGGCUCGCGGAGUGGGGUGGGCGGGGGACUCCAUGUCCCAGCAUGCCCCGCGCUGGGCCCGACCGGCCGCGACUCCGGGCUUGGCCCCGGCCCUAGCUCAUCGGCGGUGAGUGGGGCGCGUGGAGGCUGCAGUCACGGUGGCGCCCGCGGGGACGGAGGAGGGAAUGAGUGAAGAGGAGCAGGGCUCCGGCACGACCACGGGCUGCGGGCUGCCCAGUAUAGAGCAAAUGCUGGCCGCCAACCCGGGCAAGACCCCGAUCAGCCUUCUUCAGGAGUAUGGGACCAGAAUAGGGAAGACGCCCGUGUACGACCUUCUCAAAGCCGAGGGCCAAGCCCAUCAGCCUAAUUUCACCUUUCGGGUCACCGUUGGCGACACCAGCUGCACUGGUCAGGGCCCCAGCAAGAAGGCAGCCAAGCACAAGGCAGCUGAGGUGGCCCUCAAACACCUCAAAGGGGGGAGCAUGCUGGAACCGGCCCUGGAGGACAGCAGUUCUUUCUCUCCCCUAGAUUCUUCGCUGCCUGAGGACGUUCCUGAUUUUAUUGCUGCUGCAGUUGCUACUCCUGUUCCAUCUGCUGGCCUCACCAGAACUCCCCCCAUGGAGAUGCAGCCCCCUGUCUCCCCUCAGCAGUCUGAGUGCAACCCUGUUGGUGCUCUGCAGGAACUGGUGGUGCAGAAAGGCUGGCGGUUGCCAGAAUAUACAGUGACCCAGGAAUCUGGGCCAGCCCACCGCAAAGAGUUCACCAUGACCUGCCGAGUGGAGCGUUUCAUUGAGAUUGGCAGUGGCACUUCCAAAAAGCUGGCAAAGCGGAACGCAGCUGCUAAAAUGCUGCUUCGUGUGCACACGGUGCCGCUGGAUGCCCGGGAUGGCAACGAGGCAGAGCCUGACGAUGACCACUUCUCCAUUGGUAUGGGCUCCCGUCUGGAUGGACUUCGGAACCGGGGCCCAGGUUGCACCUGGGAUUCUUUGCGAAAUUCAGUGGGAGAGAAGAUCCUGUCCCUUCGCAGUUGCUCCCUGGGGUCCCUAGAUGCCCUGGGUUCUGCCUGCUGCGGCGUCCUCAGUGAGCUCUCCGAGGAGCAAGCCUUCCAUGUCAGCUACCUGGAUAUUGAGGAACUAAGCCUGAGUGGGCUCUGCCAGUGCCUAGUGGAACUGUCCACCCAGCCAGCCACCGUGUGUCAUGGCUCUGCAAGCACCAGGGAGGCAGCCCGCGGCGAGGCUGCUUGCCGUGCCCUGCAGUACCUCAGGAUCAUGGUGGGCAGCAAGUAGAGCCCCAGCUGGACUCACGGAUGUGCAUCCUUUGCUCUCUGCCCUUCCUGCCUCUGGGCCCUUGCAUCUGCCCAUCUGGAACCUUCUGGAGGUGCCAUCUCUACCUCUGACACAGACUGCCUGCUCUGAGGCUGAGGAAAGCACAGGGCUAGGAGCCAGGACCAUAGGGUCUUAGCUGGCUCAAGAUCCGUCCUCAUUCUGGGAGGAUGAGUGGGGGAAAUGGGGCUCUACUAGAGUCCAGAAUAAACAAUGCUGCACCUUGGUUUUGUAAACUC